CGUGGAAUCGUUUGCUUCCGUGGCUACUUGCCGGCGUCAACAAAUCAUGGCUGUUAAACUGCACUUAGUUUCUUGUUUGUUCGCGUUUUCUGUGUUGUUACCGUACGUACGGGGUGGUGGCGAAACGCUAGUUCUACUAGACAACCUCGCCAUCAAAGAGACGCACUCGAUAUUCUUCAAAUCCUUGCAAGAUCGAGGUUUUAAACUUACCUUCAAGUCCGCCGACGACCCGUCUUUAUCGCUCAAGAAGUAUGGAGAAUAUCUCUACAAGCACUUGAUUCUCUUCUCCCCUUCGGUAGAAGAAUUUGGAGGCACCAUCAACGUCCAAGCACUAACCGAGUUUGUUGACGAUGGAGGCAACAUUUUGGCUGCUGCUAGUUCCAGUGUCGGCGACGUCAUUCGUGAACUGGCCAAUGAGUGCGGCUUCGAAAUUGAUGAGGAGGGUAGCUACGUGAUUGACCAUCUCAACUACGACGUGUCUGAUGAAGGAAAGCAUACAACGAUUGUCGCGGACCCCGAAAACCUGCUGGAUGCACCCACGGUCAUCGGCAGCAAGAACAUUCCACCCCUGCUCUUCAAGGGUGCAGGUAUCAUAUCGGAUCAGGAGAACCCCCUCGUCCUGGAGGUGUUGACUGCAUCGUCGACAGCCUACAGCAGUAAUCCAGACAACAAGAUCACUGAGUAUCCUCACGCUGUUGGCAAGAACACGCUGCUCAUCUCGGCGCUGCAAGCAAGGAACAAUGCCCGUGUGGUGUUCUCCGGAUCCAUGGACUUUUUCAGUGACAAGUACUUCUCGUCCCCUGUCCAAAAAGCCACUCCAGGCUCUAAGAAGCACGCAAUCUCCGGCAACCAGGCUUUGGCCUUCGCGCUGUCGCAGUGGGUCUUCAAGGAGAAGGGUGUGCUCAGGGCACAGAACAUCAAGCACUACAAGAAGGGAGAGAAGAAUGCACCGGACGCAUACACAGUCAUGGACGAUGUUGUGUACAGCAUUGAGAUUGAGAUCCUGAAGGGUGACAAGUGGGUGCCCUUUGAGGCCAAUGACCUGCAACUUGAGUUUGUUCGCAUUGAUCCAUUUGUGCGAACCAAGCUUCAUAAGAAGGGCCAGCAGUACGAGGCCCAGUUCAAGGUACCUGACGUCUACGGAGUUUACCAGUUUAAAGUAGACUACAACCGCAUCGGCUACACACAUUUGUACACAUCUACUCAGGUUUCUGUGAGGCCGCUACAGCACACGCAGUACGAGCGCUUCAUCCCUUCUGCCUACCCAUACUAUCUGAGCGCCUUCUCCAUGAUGGUCGGAGUGUUCCUGCUCAGUUGCGUCUUCCUCCACCACAAAGACACGCCCAAAAGCAAGGCUGAGUGAAGCAGUCGGCUGCUGCGACAGUCACCUCAUCCGCGCGUCGAUCCAGGUUUUGUUUCCACACCAUUGUCUCAUUACACAAGUCACCACGUGCGUCCUUGUUCUGGUCCAGCGAUAACACGCAAGCUGAAAAGAGCAAGCCUGGAAGUUUCGAAUCCUGCCUAAAAAUUGCAGAGUGUGAAUGGUCAUUGAAGACAGUGGGACAUAACUUUUUUUUUUCUGUUACGUUUUUUGGUUUUGCAUUUGAAUGUUGUGUUGAGUGUGAGGAUUCAAAGACAUUCUUCUGGGUUUCAUGCUUUCUUUUUUCUUCAAAUAAAAUGUAAAAUAAAGAAC